UGGGGCUAACCUGGUCCAGAGAGGCAGAGGCACUGGUCUGAGGCCACACAGCUCAGAACCCAGGCCUGGUGAUCCCGGCGGAAGGCCUACAAGUUGGGCCUCUGUUAGACCAGCAGCUGAUCUUUGCUCGGUGGAUUCCAGUUCUGUGGAGAAGUGGGGCCAGCAUGGAAAGUGCUGACUGGCCUUGGCUUUCCUUCCAGCCACAGCAGGGGCCCUGGCAGCCACCUGUCUCCUCUUACUCUCAGGCCUCUCACUAAGAUGGGUCAAGUUCGGGCGGGGCAGAGGAGAGGGAAGACCAGCCACUCACUCUCUCUUUGGAGCCAGCCCAAAGUCAGGUCAGCCUGGCCCCUGAGAGCCUGCGGGGAUUGCCUACGGAGCAGAGUCGGAAUGACCCAGGUUUCAUUCCCUUUGGCAACCCGGGUGGCGCGCGGGGAGCGCACUUUGGCACCAGGCGGGCGCUGGGGUGCGGGGCACACGUCCUGGACACGCCCUAUGGAAACCGCUCCCAGGCUCAGUAACUGAACUUGGACUUCAAGAGCCACCAGCCAAAUCCGCGCGGCUGGUCCUAUCCCCCGGUCUCGGAAAUAAGCCGCCUGGUGGAGCUGCUUUUGGCGACCGCAACUCAGCCACCCCUACCGCUCCCGCCUCUCCCCGGGAUUUUCCAGCGGGUUAAUUUCCUGUCCCGGUAAAUCCUUUCCCUAGUCCCUUGCCCCUCCCUCCCGGCCUCGCCUCUGUCUGUCCCCGCCGCCUGGACUCCCCAAGUGCGUCCGCGCCGCGCUCCGUCGCCCCCGCGCGCCCGGGCGCACGCCCUCCUCGCCUGGGCCGCCCUCCGGCUCUCCACGCCCGGCCCGGCGCGCUGCCCCGAGUGUGCGCUCGCUCUGAGGGUCGCGUGGGCGUCGCGGCGGCCCCUCGGCCAUGCGCCCCUGCACCGCCCCCCGCGCUCCCGCCUGCGCGGCUCUCUGGCUCCGUAGCCUUCUGCUGCUGCUGGGGCUGGUGCCGCUGCUCGCGCCCGGGCACGCGUGCCCCGCGGGCUGCGCCUGCACCGACCCGCACACGGUGGACUGCCGCGACCGCGGGCUGCCCAGCGUGCCCGACCUCUUUCCCCUGGACGUGCGCAAGCUGCUGGUGGCGGGCAACCGCAUCCAGCAGAUCCCCGAGGACUUCUUCAUCUUCUACGGCGACCUGGUGUACCUGGACUUCAGGAACAACUCGCUGCGCUCGCUGGAGAAGGGCACGUUCAGCGGCUCCGCCAAGCUGGCGUUUCUCGACCUCAGUUACAACAACCUGACCCAGCUGGGCGCCGGCGCCUUCCGCUCGGCGGCAAGGCUGGUCAAGCUGAGCCUGGCCAACAACAACCUGGCGGGCGUGCACGAGGCCGCCUUCGAGACCCUGGAGUCGCUGCAGGUGCUGGAACUCCACGACAACAACCUGCACAGCCUCAGCGUGGCCGCCCUGGACGCGCUGCCCGCGCUGCGCACCCUGCGUCUGGACGGGAACCCGUGGCUCUGCGACUGCGAGUUCGCCCACCUCUUCUCCUGGAUGCAGGAGAACGCGCCCAAACUGCCCAAAGGCCUCGACGGGAUGCAGUGCUCCCUGCCCAUGGAGAACAGGAGGAUACCCCUGCGGGAGCUGUCGGAGGCCAGCUUCAGCGGGUGCAAGUUCAGCCUGUCGCUCACAGACCUGUUGAUCAUCGUCUUCUCGGGCGUGGCCGUGUCCAUUGCUGCCGUCAUCUCCAGCUUCUUCCUGGCCACCGUGGUGCAGUGCUUCCAGAGGUGUGCCCCCAACAAAGACACGGAGGACGAGGACGAGGACGAGGACGACUGAGCCCCCGCUCUCCGCUCCUCAUUCUCUAUAACUCCUCUCCAGGAAGAGAGGGAAAAGCGCUGGCCACUGUCAGUGAACAGAGCGGGGCCUGCUCCACGUCCUGGCCCCUGGGUGCCCCAGUGGGACCCCUGAUCUCGGGGUUUAGAAUCAGCAGAGUAGAGAACCCCAGGAAGGAGCCAGGGAGUCGUUCCUGGAGCAGAGCCUGCCUCUCAGAUCAAGGUUUGUGUUAGGGAGAAGAUGACCGAGUCGGGCUUUAUAGCUGAUGGCCAAAAACCUCCCCUGGGAGAUGUGACAGCUUGCAGCUUUUGACUGUAAAGACGAUUCUAUGUCUGCCCUGGACUGGGAGAUCAUGAAGCAGCCCCUUCCCGCCAAGAAACAGCAGCUCAAAUAGCAGGGCUAAAAAUUCAGAUCAUUGUCCAUGGGAGCAAGAAUAUCUCCCUUUCUAUAAUGGGCCUCAGUAACCUUGGGAUGUUAUACUGAUAACCAAUCAACUCAGGUGCAAGGGGCAGGUGCAGUGACUCACACCUGUAAUCACUGUGGCAGACUGAGACAGGAGGAUGGCUUGAGGCCAGGAGUUUGAGACCAGCCUGAGCAACAUAACGAGACCCCAUCUCUACAAGAAGGAUUUAAAAAUAAACUGGGUGUGGUGGUGGGUGCCUGAAGUCCACAGCUACUUGGUAGGCUGAGGUGGGAGGAUUGCUUGAACCCAGGAGUUGGAGGCUGCAGUGAGUUACGCUCACGCCUUUGCAUUCCAGCGUGGGUGACAGAACAAGACCCUGUCUCUAAACACAAAACCAAACCAAACCAAAAGACCCAUGUGCAAUAGACUGAAUGUUUGUGUCCCUCCCCUGCCCCCAAAUCCGUAUGUUGAAACCUAAUUCCCAAUGGGACGGUCUUUGGAGGUGACUGGGUUUAGAUGAGGUCUUGGCUGGGGCCUGCAACUGGGAUUAGUGUCCUCAUAAAGAGGCCCUAGAGAGCCCCUCACCCCUUCUACCACUUGAGAAGUCAGCUUUCCAUGAAUCAAGAAGUAGGCCAGCACCCAGAUCUCAGACUUACAGCCCCCAGAACUGGAGAAAUAAAUAUUUGUUGUUUUAAGCACUCACACUGUGGGACUCAUAAUGUUACAACAGUUGAAAGAGACCAAGACACCAUGUUUGGCUAAAAUAGCACCAAGGGAAAAGCUAAGAACUGGCCAAAGGGUGUUUGCUGUCUUUUGGUAAGCUCUGGGACCUACCAAAGGUUGGAAACAUUGUGUUGACAUAACUCAAACCCUGAUGUUCAUCCUAAGAGGUAGCAGCUUGUUGAGAAAGGACAGUUGCUUUGUACCAUUGUGAUGGUCUCCCUGCUCAGAGUCACUCUUGCCUCUGAAAGUCAGGUUGUUCCCCUCCCAGAACGACCAGAGCUCUCCGUACACUUUCCUCAAGACCAAUAUUCUAAUCCACAGGUUUCAUUGGAUCAACAAAAUGCUAAAAAACAUGCUGGGACUUGGCCUAUGAAAAACCUCCACUGGUGGUGGCCUUAGGGUGUGUGUGACAUUUCUUUGGUACAUAGGCUGUGACAGGCAGUGCUUUCCAGGAUGCAGAAUGCAGGACUUUGGUUCAGAGACAAUAUGAGACAAACAAGUCUAGUGCCCUGGUGAGUUAAUACAAGAUGACUUGUGUUAGCAGCAUUGGCCCGGGGCGGGGGACUGAGACUUGGAACAGGGGCUCAGGAGAAACUCUCGGGAUAUUUUUGAGCAUUGUUUUUCCAUUGUUCUUUAUAAUAUUUGACUUCUGUUUCUUGCCUUCAUUGCUUCUUUCCAUCCUGGCUUCCAUACAUAAUUACUGAGUACUUACUAAGUGCCAGGUACUGGUGCAAGCUUUGUGGUCUUGAAUGAGUCUUGAAUAAGAAAGACAGGUCCUUGACUGGGCAAGGUGGCUCGCCUGUAAUCCCAGCGCUCUGGAGACUGAGGAGGGUGGAUUGCCUGAGCUCAUGAGUUUGAGACAAGCCUGAGUCCAUCUCUAAAAAUAGCCGGGCAUCAUGGCAGGAGCCUGUAAUCCCAGCUACUCAGGAAGCUGAGGCAAAAGAAUCGCUUGAGCCCAAGAGUUUGAGGUUGCUGUGAGCUGUGACACCAUGGCACUUUACUGAGAGUGAUAUAGUGAGACUCUCUCUAAAGAAAAAAAGGAGUUCCAGGCUCUACAGUUGGCAAGCUGGAGACACGAGAGCCAAUGGUUCCAGUCUGGGGCAGGAGAAGAUCCAGUUCUGUCUGCUGUUGGGCAAAAAAGAGUAGAUUCCCUCUCCUCCGUGUUUUGUUCUGUUGAGGCCCUCAGCAGACUGGAGGAUGCCCAGGAGACACACACACUGAGGAGGGCCAUCUGCCUGACUCAGGCUGCCUACUCAAGUGCUAAUCUCACCCCAAACCCCGGACACAUCCAGAAAUUAUGUUUAACCAAAUAUCUGGGCACCCCAUGGCCCAGUCAAGCCUAUACAACGAACCAUCACAUCCCACAGGGCCUCUGAUGGCUUUGGAGCUGUGUCCUGCUUCCCUCUUCUGUCAUCUCCAGCCCUCUCUCCUUCCCUUCUUUCCUACUCUCUCUCUCUGCUUCACCCUUGGGGAGACUCUCAAUCUGCCCUCUGCUCCCCAGCAUCAUCGGCUCUGGUGGAGGAGACUGCUGGCUCAGGACGGUCUCCUCAGAGUCCCUGGGUGGGUGGAGAAGUGACUCCAUGGCAGCCUCAGCCUCUGAGAGCCCCUCUGUCUUAGGCUCUGACCCGGUGUACUUCUGCUGACAGCUUGAGACAAAAUGAUAUG